AUGCCUCGAGACGAAGUCAGCGGAGAAGAACCGUCUGUAGAGCCUACUACAGAGCCUACCGCAGAGCCCGCCGCAGAGCCGGGAGUAGAGGCAACAGCACUCCCCAGCUCUUCUCCCCGUAGAUGGCUAUUCUGGAUAUUAAUGGUGUUGGCUAUUCUCUCAACAGUAUUCCUGUUUGCUCUCGACAACACCAUCACCGCAAACCUCAUUCCCCCAAUUACCGAACGCUUCGGGCAAGCAGAUAAGAUCCCCUGGCUCUCGGUGGCUUUCAUGAUGGGUGGUUUAUCCGUAGUACUUCCAUUUGGAAGACUGUACGCUCUUUUCGACGCGAAAAUCCUUUACAUAACCAUGGUCACACUCUUCCUCGCAGGCUCAGCACUUUGCGGUGGUGCACCCAAUAUCGACGUAUUCAUUUUCGGUCGCGUCCUAGCCGGUUUUGGCGGUAUCGGUAUGUAUCUGGGAGUCAUGACGCUGCUGUCUGUCAAUACUAAUCCUACUGAACGGCCUAUGUAUCUCGGCCUUGUCGGGCUUGUUUUUGGUAUCGGUAACGUCGUUGGACCUCUCAUUGGCGGUGCAUUUGCCGACUCCAGCGCCACUUGGCGUUGGAGUUUCUAUCUUAAUCUCUGCAUUAUGGGAGUGUUGUCGCCGGUAUACUUCUUCAUGAUCCCGAGCUUCCAGCCGCAGAAGGAUCGGAGUGUAGCGUCGCGACUCGCCGAUAUCGACUUACUGGGAUCGGUACUAAGCAUUGGUGCACUGGUAUGUCUGAUCAUGGGUAUUAACUUCGGAGGAACAUUAUAUGGCUGGGGAUCUGGUCAGAUCAUCUCCCUCUUCAUCCUAUCUGGUGUUCUGUUUCUCGCCUUCGCUAUCCAGCAAUACUUCGCCUUUCUGACUACUGAAUCCGAUCGCCUGUUCCCAGUGGCAUUCCUCGGGGAUAAGGAAGCACUCCUUCUUUUCUUCCUCACAGCGACGUUCAACGCAUCUGGAUUUAUCCCGAUAUACUGGAUACCCUCAUACUUUCAAUUUACACGUGGGGAUGGCCCGCUCGAUUCAGCUAUUCGUCUCCUCCCCCUGAUCGUCUUUAUCACCUUUCUUGUUAUAGUCAACGGUGGAGCGCUGUCCAAGGGUGGAUACUAUAUGCCUUGGUUUUUGGCAGGUAGUAUCAUAAUCCUCCCAGCUGGUGUUCUGUUUUCGCGUGUCGACUCGAAAACUUCGACAGCGGAGAUAUACGGGUAUGAGGUCCUUCUAGGGUUCGGCGCAGGAAUGGGUAUGCAGGCUGGGUUUGCCGUCAUCCAAUCCAUCACGAAGCCGGAAGUUAUGGCCCACGGAGUUGCGUUUAUCAUGAUCGCCCAGCUUCUUGGUGUAUCUCUUGCACUCUCAAUAUCUGGUGCCGUAUUUGUCAACAAGGCGUUGAGCGGCCUUCAAAAACUUUUAGCUGGCCACUCCCGUGAGCAGAUUCUGCGCGCUCUGCAGGGUCUUAGUGGGAACUUUCUCACAACCUUAACGGAUCAGCAACGUCAUGAUACUCUCGCAAUUAUCGUCAAGUGCCUAUCUAAGGUCUAUAUCCUUGUCUAUACCGCUGCACAUACACUAAUUUUGGUCACGUACUAG